GGCGCAUUUGCAACAAGCGUAGAAGCGACCUUCCGAGCACAAGUGCUUCUAAAACUCGACACAGUGUCGAAACCUCGGUAUCGAACGGCCCAUCAUUAGUCGAGUGGAAGACGCGGAUUGAGAUACCCGGGCAGAUAACAAGGAGGCUUCUAUCUCACAUUGUCCAAUAUGGAGAAGGUAUUCCCAGCUGUCCAGGAACCUCAAUAUUUGCAGCACAAAUAUGACGAAGGCAUCUUAGAAGAAGUGUGCAAUGUAAAGGAGGAGACAGAUCCCACACUGCACUGGGGCCUCCUUAUGAUGAAUGGCAUAGAAGUUGAUGAAGAGCACUGUAAAUGGAGGUCUGGACAUCUUGAACAGGAGAGUGUCUGCAUGAACAAGGAGGAGGAGGAUGACUGUGAUUGUGGACCUCUAGACUUUACGGUAGACUUUGAACAAAUGUCUUAUUAUACUAAUGUACAAAAAAAGGAAACUGUUAGUGUUACAAAGAAAGAGGACCUCAAGCAUGAAUCUGACUGGCAGAGUUUUAAUCCAGAUGAAGAGGCUCCUGCCGCCAUACAGCAUCCUUCUGUCCAGGUAAAUCAGGAAAUAUUCAUGAAGAUAACUGCCAAAGCAUCAGGUUCAAGACCUUCUCAAGAAGCUUUACCAAUCAAUGACAGCUUUGACUUUUCAUCAUUAGUUCAGAAUUCUCUUCAUCGCAGAGCUCAGCAGACUGCAGAUGAUGAAAACAUCACAAAAAUAACAUCUGGAUUAGAUGUGCAGGAUGAUUCUGUACCAGUGAUGAAGUUGGCACCAGCAGGUGCACUUGCCAGUCAACUUCAGAAGCACAUUUCAGAGUCGGUCACAGUCCACCAACAGCAGAGCACAUUUAAAUCUAGAGAUGGUAAACUGAAUCAAAUACAACAAAAGUAUAAGUGUUCUGAAUGUGGCAAACAAUACAGUCGAAUGAGAAAUCUCCAGAUCCAUACAAGAAAUCACACUGGAGAGAAGCGAUAUUGCUGUUCUGAAUGUGGCAAAGCAUUCAUCUCCAGUAAAUAUCUUCAAAUACACAAAGGAAUUCACACUGGAGAUAAGCGGUAUUGCUGUUCUGAAUGUGGCAAAGCAUUCACCUCCAGUAAAUAUCUUCAAAUACACAAAAGAAUUCACACUGGAGAGAAGCCAUAUUGCUGUUCUGACUGUGGCAAAGCAUUCACCUCCAGUAAAUAUCUUCAAAUACACAAAAGAAUUCACACAGGAGAGAAGCCAUAUGAGUGUACUGAAUGUGGCAAACGAUUUUCACAAAAGAGUGCUCUUCAGACACACACUAGAACCCACACUGGAGAGAAGCCAUAUGGUUGUUCUGAAUGUGGCAAAGCAUUCACCUCCAGUAGCUAUCUUCAAAUACACACAAGAGUUCACACAGGAGAGAAACCAUAUGGGUGUUCUACAUGUGGCAAAAGAUUUUCACUAAAGAGUGCUCUUCAAACCCACAUAUGUGUUACACUGGUAUGUGCUCAGAAACUAAGAAUAUGCCAACAAAAAUGAUAGGGAAUGGUGCAAACCAGAUUAUUCAGGGAAAAUCCAAAAUAGUUUUAUAGAAUGUUAGGCAAAAGCACCAUGAAAGUAACCACUGUACACCACCAGAGAAAAAAGAAAUUUAAACAUUCUGGAGAAACAUAUAUGUGGAUCCCCAAGAGCACAAUCAAAGAACAGACUGGGAUCCCCAAGAGCACAAUCAAAGAACAGACUGGCUAACCAUCCAACAAAUCCAGAAACACAUUGAAAACAAAUAAAUUAAGGGAAUGGAAUGGCCUGAGGUAACUUCUAAGGACAUUGAAAGCACCCUUAAAUCUGCUGUCAACUGGAAGAUGACAACAGGCUCUGAUGCCAUAACAAACUUCAGGUUCAAACAUCUGACUACACUGCACCAGGAUACAGCCAAAUGUAAAAAUGUGUUAAUGCAGCACCCGCAGGUGACACCACACUGCCUCACUACUGGAACUCCAAAUUUCAAAAUUGGACCAAACUACAAACCAUAAAACUACUCCCCCUUAACCUACGUCAAUAUCAGCACCCUGAAUGAGCCAAACCCAGAGACUGUCACACACCUUCUGUUUGUUGAUAAUUUGAAGAUAUUCAGCCACAGCAACAGGCAAUUAGGGGAACAGCUUCACCUGGUAAAAAAAAUAAAUCCUACGACAUUAAAAUGACAUUCAGACUGGAUAUGUAAACACAAAGGCUACCUUCAUCAAUGGAAAAAUCGGACAAAACAAAAACAUCAUACUGCACGAGGAGUGUGUCACUAAAGAUCUGAACCCAGAAGAAGCCUACAAAUAUUUGGGAGCAAAGGAAGGUGUAGAAAAUGUUAUAUUCUUGAAUAAAACCGUAUGUAUUUAUUUGAUAUUUGGACUAAAGUCUUCACAUAUUAUGCACUUCAUGUCAUUAUUAGUAUAACAUGGAAAAAGUUUCUGUUUUAGGUAUGUGUACAGCAUUUCUUGCCUUGCAUUUCCUGUCAUCUUACAUUUACAAAGAUUGCUGCAGACACAAAACACAUGUCAAUUGUAUAUAUUGCAAAUAAUAAUAUACCCUAUCCAAUUCCAGGCACCUCACACCCAGAUAAAGAGACUUGAGGUGGGACAACUUCAGCUGCAUUGCCGGGGGGAUGUGAUAGCAGGAUCCCUGCUGCUUGUGCUGAUCGUGUUCAGAAGAAAUAAAGACAUGACAGAGAUGUGGCCAUCUAAUGUGCAAACAGCAGCAGUGCACCUGUGUAGACAGCAAAAUCAAGAAUACAAAUGAGGAAGUGCAAUUGGAAAGACCACAUAUAUAAUGGAAUAUAUGCAGACUUGCUUGCUUCAGCCCCACAUAGACCAAGAGCUUUCCCAUGGAUGGCUUCUAUGAAGCAAGUUAAAAUUAAGAGGUAAGUGCCUAACAAUGGCUGAACAAGACCGCGGCCUACACAUAAGGAGGUACAGUAGGUGUUGAAUCUGCCAAACAGAGAUGGAAAUAGUUACUCAGCUGUUUGCUGGCUGUGAGGUGCUGAUGGCAGAAGGUGUAUAUACACAAGAUACAAUAAAUAUGCACUGAGCAAUAUGCCAAAAAUGCCAGUACCACAGAUGAUCACAUUACAGAAUGGAUAUUACCAUAAAGCAUUAUGAAUUACAAAAAAAGCCUUAUUAGGAACAAAGAUUAACAUUGAUCCCUUACUGGAAAUCUAUGGGGGUUAGAAAAAAAGCAAUACAACUAGAUUAUCCUGACUCAGGGGUGAUGUUCACUCCUGUUUUGAUAGUAAGCACACCAAGAACAUCUAGAGAAAUAAACCCCAGGAAAGGCACUAAGGCACACUGCUGUUAAGGAGUACAAAUGAUGAAUGAAAUAGAUCCUCAGAGUUUAAUUAAUUUGUUUUAAUUCAAGCUGCAAACCAACUCAGAGUUGAUGUCCUGCCAUAAAGCCUUGAAAUCCUACACCUGGCACAAAAUGAUGUCUAUAAUAAGGUCAUGUGAAAAGACAAUUUCCCCUCGAGAAUUAAAGUGUAUAAAAUCAAAUAAAAGUUAUUAAUAAUAAUAAUCUGCACAGCAUACAUGUAAAGCAAGAAAAUUACUGCAUACACAUCAGCUACUGCACUUAAUCUUAUAAAGUCCUGGUGCCUCAUGUAUAAAUGGUGCAUAUGCACAAAACUGUUCUGCAUGCCCAUUUUCACACUCACGUCAAAAUGUAUAAAAACUAAACUUGGCGUAAAGCCGUGCACAUUUUAAUGGCAGACUACCACCUUGCAUACGCACUUUUCUGCUCAGUUUUACAAAAUGGUGGCAUCCAGUGUGAAAGCAGUGCUACUGGUUCUGUGUCAUUUCUCUUUGUUUUUUAGAUUUGCAUUCAUGAUGCGGGAUUUAUCAACUACUAGCAAAAUACCUACGCUUUGCAGCGGCGAAGUACUGCUUUAAAAUUUUAAAUAAUAAACUGAGGGAAAAUGUACCAGUAAUUAUUUGUUAAGGAUCUCUUUGUAUACCACGUUGUCAGUUUGCCCCUCCGGUUGUAAUAUGACCAAGCUGUGCGCUGAGCUUACUCUUGAGCAUGCAAUGUAUAGUUGGCCAUGUGAAAAGCAAUCUUGCCUCAAAAAAAUGCCAACCAUUUGUAGGGUCUGUCCCUGAGACUUAUUAAUUGUCAUUGUGAAGCAGAGCCUUACUGGAAAUUGGAGGUGUUUGAAUUGAAAUGGGAGAUCAGAGGGUAUAACGGGGAUGCGAGGAAUAAAAACUCUCUCCCCUGAGCCACCGCCAGUAAAAAUAGUUGCCUCAAUUAGGUUCUUUUGGUGGCUGUAAGUUUCUCAGUAACAUUAUUGGUGCCCCAACCUUCAAAAUUAGAUUAUGCUCAGGAGUGCCUGGAGGAUGCAGAGUGUGGACUGAGCUGCAGGCUAUGGACGUAUAUAUGUACGUAAGUAGGAUUCAGUUAGCGUUGGGAACCCGCGUAACAAAUUUCUUGAAGAUGGGCCCAUUAAGUA